CGCCUUGAAUUGUACCGCGUGAUCCACCCCUUUACUUACCGCGACGCGCGCCUCCCUCGGCCUCUAACUCCCGCCACAAGCCUAACCCUAAGCGCCCUUCACCAUGGAUCUCCCCGACGAGUUGCUCCACGAGGUCCUCCGGCGCGUCCCCCCGCGACGCCUCGCCGCCUGCCGGCGUGUCUGCAGGAACUGGCGGGACGCCAUAGACGGCCGCGGGUUGGUGCUGGAGCACCUCGCGCCGGGCCCUCUGCGCGGCAUCUUCGUCAACUUCUCCUACAACAAAAGGCACGGCUUCUUCUCCCGCGCCGCCACACCGCCGAUCGACGGUUCGCUCGGAUUCCUGCCGAACACAUCGCGGGCGUGGAGGGAGUGGAAUCGUCAUUGUAACAUCUCGGAUCACUGCAACGGCCUCAUCCUAUUCCGGAACGGAAGGGCCACGUACGUGUGCAACCCGUGGACACGGCGGUGGGCGAAGCUGCCGUGGCCGGCCGCAGGCUUCCCCCACGGUCGUCAGCACCUCGUGUUCGAUCCAACCUUGUCGGUGCACUACCGCGUGAUGUGCUUCCCCGGGGUGCCUAAAAGGCCAUCGCCACCCGUUUAUCCACCGCCUGCCAAGAAACCCCGCGGCAGAUAUUCGUUGGUGACCUGGAAUAGUACUUAUGUUGAGAACCUGCCCUUAUCUCUAAGGGAGAGCUACGAACAAGAAGUGGAGAGCAUGGGCUCGAUGGAGUGGCCGCCGUACUCGUAUGCCGUGCAGAUGUUCUCGUCGGCAACCGGCCAAUGGGAGGACAGGCACUUUGUCCGACAAGGCGAUGCAGUAACUACCGUGGCUGGGAUGUGGUCCAAUCCGCAGCUGGUUUCCGGUGUGCAUGGGCGCCACACCGGCGUGUGCUGGCAGGGAGCAUUCUACAUCGUACGUUUUGAUGGAUUCAUCAUGAGGUUUUCAUUGUUGGAGGACAAGUAUGUAACGAUCAAAACACCAACAUUGGCACAUAAAUUAGCAUCACAUACUAAUGACUACGGGUGUCAUAUUACGCCCUAUCUGUAUUUGGGGAAAUCCAAGCAGGGACUCUACCUCACAGCUCACGGGGGAUAUGAACUUCGGAUAUGGAUAAUGCACGGAGUAUCAGAGUCAUGUCAUAUGCCAGAAUGGGAGCUGAAGCAUCAAGUUGACUUCAAGCCCUCCUUUUCACGAUUCUACACCUCAAAUAACACCGGAAAGGAGGUUGAAUCAUGGAUUUUAGACAUUUCGGAGGAAGGAUUAAACGACAGAGUAGACCAGGGAUGGGACUCUGGAGAUGAUAGCAUCAUUGACACGGAGGGAGGGACUGGUAACAACCUGCAGGGCGAGACAAAGAAAUGCUAUGGUGUUCACUUGUUGGGAUAUCAUCCUUACAAGGAAAUUAUUUUCUUGGGAAACCGUUACAACGGGUUUGCUUACUACCUUGGAAGCUCCAAGUUGCAGUACUUGGGUAAACUUUACCCAGCACGUGAUACUCUUCUCAUCAUGAACUCAGAUAUCACCUCGUUUACCUAUACUCCAUGCAAGGAUGAUUUGCUUCCUGCUCAAAAUGAUCGAUGAGGACCAUAUAUUUCGUUUAAUUUGUAAUACUUGCAAGAGGCGUGUAAAUGGGACAUUAUAUGUUGGGAACCGAAGAUGUGUGCAACUUUAUGAAAUUCUGCCUUCAAGUGAAUAAUUUUGUUACUCCCUGAUCCAUAUCACCUGUUGCUAGAUUAGUACAACUUUGUACCGAA